GCGAAGGCUAUUUUAUGGUAAUCUGAAAUCUCCUCCUCCUCAUCAUUCGUCUUCCCCAGCUAUGUUGAGCCGACGCCAUCCAUCAUCACUCGCUCUGACACAGUGACAAAGAGAGAGAGAUCGCGGAAACGUUUCAGUAUUAUUUUUGCGUGUCGAAGAAAAGCAACAGAGUUGCAGGCAUCACCCUCAAGGCCAAGUGAAGGUGCGAUCCCUCUCUGGCUUUCUCUGCUCUUCACAGGUCACAUAGAAAAUGGUGCUCGGAAGCCUUGGCAGUGACGAGCAACGCCAGGCGACUGGAGUAAACUUUGGAAACCCUAACAAUGGCGAGACAACCUUUGAUACGGAUCAAACUCACCGUUUCAGUGAAGAAAUCGACAGCAAUUGUUCUACUCCUUAUGUUAGUGCUCCGUCUAGUCCAGGCCGUGUUCCUAACGGUUAUUUUUUUAGUGCUCCUGCGAGUCCAAUGCACUACAUUCUUGCUUCGUCAUCUUCUUCAAAGUCUGCUUCCGGUUUCGUGUCUUCUUCCAACGAUGGCUUCGUUUCUGGUUCCUUCGAAUUUGAAUUCUCGGCGAGGUUUCCUUCCAACGCGUCGACCUCUGCUGGUUCUAUGAUUUCUGCUGACGAGUUGUUUCUUAACGGCCAGAUCCGCCCGAUGAAGCUUUCGUCUCACUUGCAGAGGCCUCAAAACUUGGCUCCAUUGCUGGAUCUGGAAGGUGAGGACGAGUACGACGGCAACAAGGAUGCGAGAGGACGUGAGUUCGAGAAACGAGAGGAGUCGCUGGUUCGGGGAAGAGAUCUGAGGCUACGCAGCAGGUCUCUGCAUAGGAGAACAAGGUCUCUGUCUCCCCUGAGAAACUCUUCGCUUGAGUGGCACGAGGAUGAAGAAGAGCGAGAGAUUAGCGAGCGUGAUCUAGACUUGGAAGAUCCCGACCGUAAACAGUAUGAAACGCCGUCGACGGAGACGACGCCUUCCGUAUCUGCUUCAUCGUCUAGGUCUUCUUCUUCGGGAAGGAGCUCAAAGAGAUGGAUCUUCUUGAAGGAUUUGCUCUACCGAAGUAAAAGCGAGGGCAGAGGGAACGGUAAGGAGAAGUUCUGGUCUUCCAUUUCCUUUUCUCCCGUUAAAGAGAAGAAACCUCCCUCUACGUCUCUGCCUUCGUCGUCUUCGAAAGAGAAAAAUCCACCUACUCCGUCGGUUCCAACGACGGAAACCCAAAAACCAAAACGAGCUCCCCAGGUACCCGCUAAGAAAACUGCCGCGGCAGGAAAACCCGCCAACGGCGUUAGCAAGCGUCGAAUACCUCGGUCACCUCACGAGCUGCACUACACAACUAACAGAGCCCAGGCGGAGGAGAUGAAGAAGAAGACAUUCUUGCCAUACAGGCAAGGACUCCUGGGGUGCCUUGGGUUUACGUCCAAGAGUUAUGGAGCCAUGAACGGGUUCGCUCGAACCCUGAACCCAGUCUCUUCUAGAUAGAGUUUAGUUCAAAGAACUAUGGCGCCAUGGACGGGUUUGCUCGAAACCUGAAUCCAGUCUCUUCCAAAUAAUAUACUUCAGGAGUGGAAGGGACGGUGAGAUAUUAGUCAGACAUAUGUAUAGUGUUUUUUUUUUCCUUUUUUUCUUUCUUAAAUAUAUGGAUUCUAUUAUCUUUGUAAUUUUUGGCCAAGUUUUCUUCCUUCUUUAAAACCAGCUAUCCGUCAAUAGAUUUUUAUGGAAAUUCUAGAUUUCCAUUGUCAUCUACCCGAUUGUAAUGGAAAAACCAUGUAAACAUUGAUGCAGCUUUAUUCUAUUUGGGAGGUCAUUCUCUCGGUAGAGGUUCUACUCCUGCAUUUGGAGCUUUUCUGUAAGUACAACAUGAUUUGUCCAGUUAAAUGAAUGAUUUGAUGGUAGGUUCA